UGUAUAAAUAUAUGGACAACAGGCUCUUCCGCGGCAAUCUCUUGUCGUCAAUAAACAACGUUUAAGGAGAUCUAUAGUAUUCAAUAGGAGGACCCUGCACGUCAAUUCUGGAGGCGAGGGGGGUACCCUGCGCGUGAAGCAGAGGGAGCCUGACCAUGCGUCACACAUUUGACGAGUUGGGAAUGAGAACGUGUUGGUCAGUGGCACAGCUCCUAUAUAGCCGUUCUUCUCUUCAGUAAAUUAAAAACUUGUGCACCCAAUUCUUGCUUUUUAAAGUCAUUAAAGAUACAUACUGUACAAUCAUACCACUCAGUAAAAGAACAGUUAAGAGAAAUCAUUAAAAACCCAAAUUCCCAUAACACUCAUACCCAUAAAGAGUGAAUCUAAACUUCUCACCAGACCUGUACACUGGAUGACGUCACAGUGGCUGAGCCCAUCCAUGCUACUAUCAUCUAGCGGUUGCUAGGCAACAGUCAUUCAAACGUCGGCGGGGCUUGGCAAUUAUCAAAGGGAGGUGGGCGGGGCCUAUAGAACACGAGCCCAUAAAUAUACCUCCAGAACUCCAUAAACAUCUGCGAUUUAGUUCAGAGUGCAUUCAUGCAUCAGAACAGCGAGCAACAUUCAAACACAUUUAGUUCACAAAGAGCAGACAUACCUGCCACAACAUCAAUCCCCCAGCAAUUUGUUUCCACUUCUCCAAUUCAGAGUCAAAGAAGUAGAAAUACAACCUUAAUCAUGACAACUCCACACAGUUACUCCUCAGUGGAAACAUGGAAGUCCAUAAGCGACUACUUUUUUGGUGCAAUUGUACCACAGUGGCGAUCUCUGCAGUUAAACCCAGAGUCCUGCAACACUAAGCUGCCUUCCACUUUGUUAAAGGACAUGUUGAAACUUUGCUCCAUGUUAGUGGAUGCAACAGAGACAACCAUGGAGAAGGGAGCUCCGGUGUCCACACAGACAGAGGAGUGUCUUCAGACAGUGGACGCUGAUUCCCAUGAGAAAACAGAGGUAACAGGAGCAAAGGAAAGCAUCGUAACAGAAAUAUCUGUAGACAACUGCGGUGAUAAUAAAAAAACAGAAACUCCAGAACUGGAGACAGAGGCCAGUGCAUGUCUUCAGCAUGAGGACACACAAUCCCAAACCACAGCCACAGCAGAACCAAGAAAGAGCUGUAUGAAGAAAAAGUCCACAGCUGAUACAAAAGACUUGGACAAAAUAGAACCUUGUCCCAUGAAAAAGCCUGCAAUGCCAGCUGCAUAUGAGUCAGACGUUGAUAACCGCAAGGAAACAGAGGCAAAAGGAGCAAAAGACAGCAUCCUGAAAGAAAUAUCUGUAGACAACUGCGGUGAUAAUAAAAUAACAGAAACUCCAGAACUGGAGACAGAGGCCGGCAAAUGUCUUCAGCAUGUGGACACACAAUCCCAAGCCACAGCAGAACCAAAGAAAAGCUGUAUGAAGAAAAAGCCCCCAGCUGAUACAAAAGACUGGGACAAAAUAGAAGCUUGUCCCGUGGAAAAGCCUGUGAUUCCAGCUGUACAUGAGUCAGAAGUUGAUUCUUCUUCUGUCAUCAGUCUGGCAUCUGAUGAUCUGUCUGCAGAAAAAAUGUAUGUUUAUGCAGUUAUUCAGUUGGUAGUUUCACGGGCCUUAAAGAAAGUCUCCUCUAAACACAAAGACUCCACAUGGAUUCUCACUCCUAAAUCCAACUGUCAUCGUCUGCUUGAGAAAAUCUGGCCUGAAAUUGAGGGAAAACAUUUGGAUCUAUCUCCAAAGAGGCUGACCAGUAUUGAGAAAGCCAUUUUCACCAAUCUUUGUAAAGCACAUAAGUGCAAGGAAAAACAUUUGAUUUCAAGUCUGAAGGAAGAGCUUGAGGACGAUAUUACUGUCCCAACAUUCACCAAACAUCUGCUGGCAUUACCCAAAAGAGUACUCACUUUAUCUAAAAACCGAGACGAGUACAGAGAACUUGUGGAAUGCUUUGCUAGAGAUCUGGUUAUGCACGCAAUGAGCAACAUAAAGGGGUUGAAGAAAUGGCGUCCAGCUGAAGAAGUUAUACAGAGGCUUACCGAAAAAUUCUGGGCUAAAAUUGUGUCCCAAAAUCUUGAAAUCUCCUUGGAGAACAUGGAAGAUCUCACUGUGAGAGUAUACAAUGAACUCCGGGAAAAGUGGAGAGGUGCUGACAAUGUCCUGGGGUUUAUGAAUAAUGGAAAUCCAAGACUUGACAAAAUGAUUGUCAGAAUUUUCAAAAGUAAGGCCCCAUUGAGAAGACCAAAUAUCUUCUCUAGGAUGUUUUCAUGUGUACGCUAAAGUUUACCUGAAACAUGGUGGCGUUACCAAGAUUACUCACUUUAUUUAAAAGCCCAGAAGAGUAACAAGGACUUGUGGAACUGUUCACUAAAGAUCUGAUUAUACCAGCUAUAAGCAACACAAAUUAGGCAGCAAAAUUGCCUCAAUGUUUUUUUUUGAUGUGCAUGCUGAAGUUUACCUGACACCUGCAUCUGAUUGUGCAGGUGUCGGGUAUCUGAGUCUUAAUCUGACUGACUGUUAAAAUUGGGGAUUCUAAACUACAACAGACUGGCAACAACAUAAUUGGCAAUCAGACCAGCCUGGAUAAUAAUCAUUUUACAACAUGAAAUUAUUACCAACAAAUAAUAAAGAACAAAAAAAUAAAAAAAAAAGAUCUUCAUUUUGAGCUUUGUUUUAUUUGUCUUCAGAUUGUGUAUACAUUUUCAGUUUAGGCCUUUUGUUCUCCUCCGUAAAUUAAAAACUUGUGCACCCAAUUCUUGCUUUUUAAAGUCAUUAAAGAUACAAUACUGUACAAUCAUACCAUUCAGGUAAAAAAAACAAAAAAAAAACAGUUCGGCUAAAUCAUUAAAAACCCAAAUUCCCAUAACACUCAUACCCAUAAAGAGUGAAUCUAAACUUCUCACCACACCUGUAUGAUUGCACAUUUGUCAAGAAAUUACUAUUCCUGUUACCAAUUUUGCCCAGCAAAAUAUAUGUGGAGGGGCCAAAGACUUUGUACAUUACCAUACACAAAACAAAACUAUGAUUUGUUUAAGGUCUGUCAAUAUCAAACAUUAAAAUAGUUGACAGCAAAGGGUCCACAAUUAAAAAGUUUUUCUAGCAAUACAAAGUCCUGUGUCACCUCUAAGGUUCAAACAUGUAAAGUGAAACACACACUUGUUUCAUAGCACAUGAAAAUAAAAACAAACAAAAUAUUAAAUCAUGAUACAUCCUAAGUGCAGAGCCAGCACUGGAUAGUUCAGGUGUACUAUAAUCAAGUGGUAAUGUAAAAAGUAAACUUAUAUACAUAAAUCUAAUACACAGAACAAAGUUUAAAACAUCUGAAGAAACUAUUCCCCAAACCCAGCUGUGUAAAAACACUGGACAAAGGAACAUUAACUUACACGUUACAAUGUGCAUUAAAUGUGCAGUUACUAAAGAAGACGAAUGAAUUAGGAACGUGUUGAUAGUUAUUGGAUCUUUUGUAAGUACUUCAGUAAUAACUUCACACUCGAUAAUUUUCUUUUUUUCCAAGUGUUUGAAUUAGAUUUAAGAAGAAAGAGACAAUUAUGAACGAAUGAUUACAUAACAAUUCAGCCCUAGUAACUAUUUUUGAAUUCUUUCUUUCUUCCACACUUGUUCUUUAGUAACUACACUCCAUGGUGUGGAAUGCAUUUUGUAUCCUAACCCUGGAUGACCUGGCAACAAAAUAAAGUUAAGUCAAAGACCACAUGCAGGCUGACUGACCGUUACUGAAUAAAACUUCAGUAUCUUACCUCCUUAGUGUGAAAUGUAUUAAAAAAGAUAUUACCUCAAGAAGAACUGCUAAGAUACCAAGAACAUACCCACAGAAACAAACAAGAAUGCUAUUACCAAUAUUUUUAUCUGUACGAUAUCAAUGGUCAGAUAUUGCUUUUUUUUUCUAGUAUGAAUAUAAAAAGAAAUAAAUUAAAUAAUAACUGAAGUGUAUGCAGUGACUUUUAAGAUGACUUUAUUGACCAAAUCAUGGUCAAAUCACAGCAGUGGGUCACUUAAAAAAAAACCGGUAUGAGAACAGGUUUUGUUAUCACGAACACUUUUCUGCCCAUUGUUUCAGCAAAUUAUUCUUUAAAGCAUGAACCCCAGGCAGAGCACUGAGUACCAAGACCCAUGAACACCUUUUGAAUUACUUCAAAAGUGUACCUUAAGUCCUUUAGAUGAUCCAGGUUAAGUGCAUAGAUGAGUCCAAGCAAAAGUGCAACUGCAGUUGAGAAGUCACAGACGUCAUUGAGGUCAAUCUGAUCCUCAAUCACCAGGGCAAUGCUUCUGUUGGACUUGAGCAGAUGGUCCCAAAUUACUGACAUUUUUGUGUCCAAGGCUCCAAGUUUCUUCUAAGUUAUGAUGAAAGGGCUUUUACAAUUUUGUUUUCUUUUAAUUCUUUACCAGAAAUAUUUUGUUCACAAUUUAAAAGAAACUAACGGUGUGUUCACACCGGACGCAAUAGAAGCGACCAAAAAGCGCCACACGCCCCUAGCUGGUCGCUCGCACAUUCGCACCUCGAAGCGCGUUCAAAGCAAACUGGUCGCACUUUCAAAUAUGCAAUUUUCACGUGCGUGAACCGGAAAUGUGGGAGGAAGUAGUGCCAGACAGUAUGUUUGCAAGAUGGCAGCUGUCGAUCUAGCGUUUGAGGAGAGAGUCUCCCUUCUCUAUUUACUGUGGAGAGCAGAGCAGCGGCAUAAAGGACGUCCUCACCGUACCUGGGUCCAUCAGGUCCUCCACGAGUGUGAGCAGUUUGAUGAGUUUCACCACUUGCUCCACAAGCUGCGUCUGGCUGACGGCCACUUUCAGCGGUACCACCGUCUGUCCCUCACCCAGUUUGAGGAGCUGCUGUCCCGCGUCGGUCCAAGCAUCGCCCGCCUAGACACCAACUACAGGUGCUCACUCCCACCUGCAGAGCACCUGUCCAUCUGUCUGCGAUCUCACAGUACCGUAUAACCCCAGCAGAGCACUGAAGCUCCUCUCCAUCUUUCCUCCAGAACAUCACGGCUCUUUGAGGAUAGAAACCUGUAGCGUGGCAGCUGACUGGAGAGGAGGGAGUCUUCUGGAGGAGAGAGACUGAGGGAAGAACUGCAAAGAGAAACAAAUUCAGUGGCAGCUAUGAAGAUGAGAAGAACCAGAACAACCACUGCAGAAGUGACAGAGAUCAUCAUGUCAGCUGGCCUUAUAAAAGAUGAGUAAAAAAGUAAAAAGAUCCUGUUCUCACACAGAGCAUGGGGUACUGUAAUCUGUCUGGAAGGUCACAUUAUGGUUAUAGAAAAUCUCUCCUUUAUACACAUUCAUGGAUGUCCUUCCGUCUUUCCUCCUGAAGAUCGUGGCUCUCUCAGGGUAGAAACUUGCAGCUGGCAGCUGACUGGAGAGGAGAGAGUCUUCUGAAGGAGAGACACUGAAAGAACAACUGCUGAGAAAGAGCUGUUUAAAACAAAUUAUUAAUAGAUCUUUUUAAACUGUGUAAAUAAAUCAUGCUCCAUCAUCUGAUGCUAUUUUUUCAUUGUAAUAACACAGAAUUAACAAGAUUCUGUACCACACUGAUGAAAGCAGAAAAAUCCUUCCCAAGUAGUUUACAUAUAAUGACUCUCUGCUGAAGAUGCUUUGCUGAACUCAUAGACUUCUGGAAAGUUGUACAAACUAAACUGUUUUCUGUAAAGUGUCAAAAAGUACACAAGUAAAAGUAAAUGUAAAGCAUUAUUAGAUUUUUCAUUUGUUUCUGAGUUUCCUUUAAUCACGGCAUCACGUCUGGCUUUUGAGGAUCAUUUGGUGCUGCACUUUGACAGACACAUCCUGUUUGAGUGAUUUCUUGAGAACAGUUGUGACAGUAAUGAAGUGAUCAGGUCUGGAUGUGGUUAAGAAAGAAAGUGAACUCAGCUUUACAAAGAAACACCACAGUUAAAUGUUGGGGGAGCAAUCCCUUUUUUUGCACAGGAAUAUGUAGGUUUCCUUUAUUUUCAAUUGUUAAUAAACAUCUUAAUUUAGAAACUA